AUGGUGGCAGCAACGACGACGAGCGCGAAGCGUCAGGACGGCCGCGCGGGCAACGAACUGCGGCCACUGGCGUCGGAGCAGGGCGCGCUCUUCCGUGCUGAUGGAUCGGCACGCAUGUCGCAUGGCAGUAGCACCGUGUUGGCUGCAGUGUACGGCCCUGGCCAAGCCCGCAAUUGGCGCAGCGAGCAGACCGAUCGAGCUACUCUGGACGUGUGUUUCAAGCUGGAGAAGGGCGUGUCGACGUCCAAGGAGAAGGAGUACGAGCAGAUCAUCCGCGAGACGUUCGCGCCCGUGGUGCUCACGAAGAAUUUCCCUCGUGCAGUUAUCAGCAUCGUGGUGCAAGUUAUUCAGGACAAUGGCUCGAUAUCCUUUCCACGACUUCACCUCCUUGCAGUUGCGAUCAACGCGGUGUGUUUGGCCCUGAUUGAUGCGGGAAUUCCGAUGAUCUCGGUCAUCACGGCGUCUUCGUGCGGGAUUUCAGCCGACGGCAGUUUGAACUUGGACCCGACAUCGGUGGAAGAAGAGGCAUCUGUGUCAUGGGUAACCGCUGCGCGGUCUAGUACAAGCGACGGUGUCCUGACUUGCAUCACCAAUGGCUUAUUGUCCGAAGAGCAGUUUUUUGCAUGUUCGGAGGCAUGUCAACGGGCAUCUGAGAGUGUGGCGGCCUUCUUCCGCAUCGUCCAAGAGAAGAAGCACCAAAUCGAGCCCACCAGUCAGUAA